UCCCCAAAUGUUCUCAAAUGGAUUUAGAACAGGGGAACACACCGGAUGGUCCAAAAGAGUGAGCUUAUUCCUCUGGAAGAAGUCCUUUGUCAGGUGGGCAUUGUGAACUGCAGCGUUGUCCUGUUGAGAAAGCCAGUCAUUACCACACAGACGAGGACCUUCAGUCAGGAGGGAUGCCCCCUGCAACAUCUCCACGUAGCCAUCUGCCGUUUGACGCCCCUGCACAACCUGAAUAUCCAUUGAAGGAAAAAGCACCCCAGAUCAUGAUGGCGCCCCCUCCACUGUGCUGUGCGGAAAACAUCUCAGUUCUUUUGCCUGUAAGGAUGGACAAGAGCGACUUUGUGUCCGUAUUUGACUUGAGAAGAAAACAUUUUGUGUGUAUGGACUCAAAGGGACAGCUGUACAACUCUAGGCAAAAAGAAAGGGAGGAUUGUCUCUUCCACCGCACUGGCUUCAUCAGUGGUGUGUUUUACUCUCCUCCAAGUGGAAGUCAACUCCCACUUUCUCCCCUGGAGUCAUCUCACCCAUCCUUCGUCUUUCUAAAGCGCUUCCUAGCCCCUUUGGUGACGAGGCAGAGGAGGAGUGAAGAGGUGAACCCGGCCGAUCCGUUAAGAUCUGAGUCGGAUCCCUCCCAUUCCGUCCAGGAUCACAAAGAUUUCGAUCAUUUGCAGCCUGAACAAGACCAGGCUGGAGCUGUGUCAAAGGAGACCAUCUCCUCCUGUGAUGACCCCUUAAAGGUCUUACAUGCUAACGGGCCUGUGAGUCCAGUCAAGACCAUUAUAGCAGAUCGAGCUGAGCAGGACUGACAUGAUGAAUGUGGACUGUCACCAUCAUAAAUCCUUCAUAAAGCAUUGCAGACAAUACCUUAAAGGGUCCCUGACAUGAUUAAUCAACUUUGCUUAAAUAUGUUACAUACUGUUUGUAAUUAUGUUCUACAUUGUUCGAUUUUUGAAAGCGAACAGUAAAUUCGCAAAAAUUGCAUUUAUAGUUUAUGGCGCCGCCCAUGACGAACUAGCUUGCGCAGUUCAGCCUCAUUUCUGGAAGUGAUGUUAUCGGGGCGACACCUCUCAGCUAAAGCAGAGUAAACAAACGCUUCUUGAGGUAGAUCACAGUUUACUUGAUACUGUAAGUUUGUUUUCUUUUCCAAAAGAGGAAGGUUUAUGGUGACGAUGGAGGAAGCAAGUUCAGAGAACGAGUGACAGAUGUAAGCCAACCUCGACUAUUGUGAUCAUUAGACUAAUGGUUGCUUCGAAGGAACACCUUUACCAGAAGCAUUUGGCUUGAAAGUACGGUAUAAAUGCAUUUUGAAAAAGGAUGCUAUUCCGCCAGUACACAAAACAAGGAAGAAUGAUCACUACGUCAACGUUGCCACAGAACAGAGUAAGUCAUGUCUCGUUAUGUAAUAUCUUCUUAACACUAUUCCACCAUAGCGACUAGGCUGCAAAGUAUUAGACAUGUUAUAAAAACACCUUUUCACAGCGAUAUACUGAGAAGGCGGGGGCUGGCGGCGGCAAAAAUGUAUCCUCGUUGUGAGGCCACAUAUACAAUCAAACAGGCUAAAAGACCCUUUAAGCUCAUUAAGAAGCCGAUUUAAAGCAAUAAUUGAUGGAUAAGCAACUCCAGAAUAAUUUACACUUACCAUUCUGUGUUUUGAGGGCAACCAAUCUUCAUCUCCAUGUCUUAAGGCUUAAGUCCAUAUCUUGCAAGUUCUCUAUUUCAUCUCCAAAUGUUUCUCCCUUUUUUCUCCUCAAAAACUAAUGACACAGCGCUCAAAUUUUCGCUAUAAUCACUGUAAACAUCCUCCGUCUCGUACACCGACAUGUUUGUUUAGCUGAGUGAUGGUACUCCGAUGACGUCACUUCUGGAACUGAGGCUGAACUGUGAGAGCUAGUUCGUCAUGGGUGGCGCCAUGAACUAUAAAAUAUUUUUUUAUUGAAUUUACUGUUCACUUUCAAAAAUCAAAUAAUGUAGAGCAUAAUUACAGUCGAUAUGUAAGAUAUUUAAGCAGAGUUGAUUAAUCAUGUCAGUGACCUUUUAACAAUAAGAUUUUCACAGUAUGAGGCAGAAGUAGAAAACUUCAGGGGAGGCGUAGCAGCUUGCGAAAAGUAAAGAAAAACCUGCUAAAAUUUCAGUAAUCCCAAAGGCAAAAGUCUGGAAUGAGCCAAAAAAACCCAAAAUAUGCUCCAUAAAAAUGACUUUUUUGGGGGAAAAGCAGACGUACUUUGUCCUCUGAGGGCCUGUCCACAUAAGAACGUUCCUGGGAUUUUUUUUUGACGGGUGGAAAAAAAUUCACGGCCACCCUGUUCCAGGUUAGUACAGAGUUGCAUCCAGAUGAUCUGAUCUGUCACUGACCUGAGUGAAAACAAUGUAACACACAAGGCACACCGACGUGUGGCGCUGUAAACAGACACACAGACUGAACCAUGUGACACACCAAACCAUAGAAGAAGAAAGAACACAUGUGCAUAAGUCCGUCAUCUUCCGCUUUCCAAGGCUCAGCUAGACUUACGACAAAGUGGAAUUAAUUCUACGAAUCACUUUGGAGAAUAAAGCAACAAAAUAUCAGGAGAAUGUCGACUGGCGUGAGUCUUGUCCGUCAAAAUAUUUAGAUAUUAUGAUGGCUUGUCGUCAAAGCUCACUUCUGGUCACGUGACGGAGACGGGCUGGCGAUGUCAUCAUUUUGUUUUCUACACGAAAACGACAAGCCGAUGUUUUCCGAUUUUCCCACUCUGGAAGCCGUUUUGGAAAAAUACAGUUUCAAGGCACCCAGAACAUAGUUUCCCUGUAGAGGAGAGGCUGAAACGAUGAAAUACUUUUUGACCUGUUCUGUUUCCUGUGUCACACGAGUUCAAGUUUAGACCUUAUCCACUGUUCAUAGUCAAAUGUAAAACAAUAACACGCGCAGUCUUAACUUAAAUGACAAAGUUAUGUAUCUCGCUUUUAAACUAGUCGUACAAAAGCUAACCACUUUAAAAGACAUUCUUUAAGUUCAUCAACAAGUGAUGAUGUUUAUGUUGAAGCUGGUGUGCGCAUGUAACUUUCAGUGUAUUUUCUUUUCUUCUCAGGUUUUUCUUCUUAUUGAGGCCGGUCCUUCUUUUGGAAUAAGUGUUGCACAAGAGCCAAAGAAAACCCUUUGAUGCUGGUUAAAGUGAGCUUUUAUGCGAGUGUCUUAUGUUUUCAGGGCAUUGAAUCGAUACCAACUGGACUGUAUAGGUUGUCUUAGAAGACGUUUGGCCUCUCAUCUGAGCAGGCUUCAUCAAUGCAUGCUCAAUGGCGAGCAGUGACAGCUUUAGUUUGAGGAGUUGGUGUAGGAUCCAAAGUAUUUGUCCUCUGAAGAAUCAGAAUCCGUUUUAUUGGCCAAGUAUGCUUGGCAUGAAUUUGACUUUGGUUAAAUUAGCUCUCACUGUACAUAUACAGUCACUUAAUAAAUACAUAAAUAAUGAAAAAAUAAGAUUGAUGUGCAAAAGGGAUAAUGACAUAAAGACAGUGCAACUCAAGUAAGUUAGUAAAGGAGGAGGCAUGUCCAGACAAGAAGCAAUUAGAGAUGGUUUCUCAACUUUAAUGUACCGUAGGUGGUCUUCCUCACUCCCCUAAAAUCAGUGCAUGAAUGCUAAGCUGCCACUGAGCAGGCGCACGUUGCAACUCAGGUUACGAUUCAGCUGUCUACCUGCGCCUCAAAGAGAAACAGUACUCUUUUGACGAGUGUACGCAUUCUGGACAGAGAAGACAGAUGCUUUGAAAAGGGAGUGAGGGAGGCCAUCUAAGUUAAAGUUCAGAAACCAUUUCUGAACGAAGGGGGAGGGCUGCGACACAAUCUCUCCCCCACAUGCUCUACAAUGCUGUCCUUUCAUCCAUUCCUAAAAGAUUCAAUCGUUUAGCCUCGAACAAAUAAACAAGGCACAGCCACCUUGCUUUCAGCUGGUCCAUGACUAUCAUUACAUUUCAAUGUAAAUCUAAUGAGGGUGAUACCGCCCGACUGUCGUUGGCUGGCGGAGGCCCCCAUCCAUUGUAUAUUAACGAUUGCCAUUUGACACCACAAAAGAGCAAAACCAUUCUUGUCUGGACACGCCUCCUCCUUUCGAGGACAAAUAGUUUGGAUCCUGCACCAACUCCUCAAACUAGAGCUGUCCUACAGUAUCUAGUCACUGAGCAUGGACUGAUUAAACCUGCUCGGAUGAGAGGCGAAAUGUCUUCUAAGACAACCUGAACAGUCCAUUCAAUGUCCUGAGAAUAUAAUGGCUCGGAUGAUUGAGCAUAUUCACAGCCACCUGUCUUAUGUUCAUGACUUUCCUAAAAAUUUCUGCAUUGUACAACUUCAGAGACAUUCGGAACAAUGAAGCCAUUCCUAAUUUCUGAUAAAAUCUGUCUGAUAAAUGCUUUGAAUGAGCGUAAUUAUCUGUAAUUAUGUGCGCGAUGAGAGCCUCUUGCAUGUGAGAGUGGCAGAGCCGUUUGGCAACAUUUGACUGGACAAGUUUGGUCUGGUGAGCGGCUGUCCUUUAACCUCCUGAGUGAGUUAAACUUUAAACCCCGGACAUCAUGUGGCAAUGUCUGUUUUGCAUAUGGAAAAUGUUGGGGUUAGAAUAUUUAAGGGUGAUGUCAUUGAUCAAAAUUAACCAGUGUGUUCGCAGCCAUUCAUGCCAGGUGCUGGACACCAAUCGUCACACAAAUGACGAGUAUUUAUUUAUUGAAUAAUGGCCACGCGUUUUAUUAUUUAUAUACUUCAUGUGCUGUUUUUCAUGUGGAAAAAUAAAAAGUCACUU